CCUGGGCCUUGCACAUUCCGUUCCCUUAGCCCGGUCACCCGGACAGUGUCCUUCCGUCUCCACCCGGCCAGGCACAGGGUGGGAGGGCUUUGGAAGCCUUCCUGCUUGUCUCGCAGAGCCUCUGUGGGCUGCAGCGGGCAACUUGGCACCAUGAGGAGCCCCUGGGAAUAGGAACAACCUCUCUGGAGGCCCCGGUGUACUCGGUGGCAGGUCUGAGCCUGGCCCUGGGCCUCUGCUGGCGGAAGCCAUGGCAGAGAGCAGCGACGCCUCUCUGUCGGUAGCCGAGUGGCUUCGGGCGCUGCACCUGGAGCAGUACACGGCACUCUUUGAGAAGCAUGGACUGAUGUGGGCCGCCGAAUGCCAAGGCCUCAGUGAUACCAGCCUAUUGGACAUGGGCAUGCACCUCCCUGGCCACCGCCGCCGUAUCCUGGCUGGUCUGCUCCGUGCCCGUGCACCACCCGCCCCUGUGCCUCGCCCUGCCCCGCGGCCUGUGCCCAUGAAGCGACACAUCUUUCGUUCACCACCUGUGCCCAUCACUCCACCUGAACCGCCGCCCACAGCUGGAGAUGAGGGGCUUCCUGCUGCUCCACCGAUUCCGCCCCGAAGGAGCUGCCUCCCACCUGCCUGCUUCACUCCGCCGUCCACAGCUCCCCCGGACCCUGUGCUGCCCCCACUGCCUGCCAAGCGGCACUCGGCAGAACUGAGUGUUCCUCCCGUACCUCCUCGUACCGGACCCCCCUACCCACAGGCCAGCCUUCCCUCUAAGGAGGAGUUACUGCUGCCACCAGUGCCACCCCAUCCCCAGCCAGAGGAGACCCUGCCCACGCUCCUGCCUACCUUUCCCCAGGGGCCUCCCUGUCCUCCCGAGAUUCCUCCCAAACCUCCUCGCCUACUCCCUGAGUUUGACGAUUCUGACUAUGACGAUGUCCCAGAGGAGGGGCCCAGGGCCCCAGCCAGCGUAAUGACCAAGGAGGAGCCCUUGCCAAGCCGAGUCCCGCGGGCUGUGAGGGUGGCUAGUCUGCUGAGCGAGGGAGAGGAGCUGUCUGGGGACGAUGCCGAAGAUGAGGAUGACCAUCACUAUGAGGGUAUCCCCAAUGGCGGGUGGCCCACCAGUGGCCUGAACCACCCCUUACUCAGCCUGACCCCUGAUUUCCCACCACACCUCAUGGAUGAGCUGCCUGGGGGCUCCACCCCCAUCACACCGGUCAUCAAGGCUGGCUGGCUGGACAAGAACCCACCACAGGGGUCUUAUAUCUACCAGAAGCGAUGGGUGAGACUGGAUGCUGACUACCUGCGAUACUUUGACAGUAACAAGGACGCCUACUCUAAGCGCUUUGUCCCUGUAGCCUGCAUCUGCCGAGUAGCUGCUAUUGGAGACCAGAAGUUUGAAGUGAUCACCAACAAUCGAACCUUUGCCUUCCGGGCAGAGAGUGAUGUGGAGCGGAAUGAGUGGAUGCAGGCCUUGCAGCAGGCAGUGGCCGAGCAGCGAGCCUGUGUUCGGCUCUCCAGUGCUUCUGUGUUGGGAGUUCGAGGCUCUGAGCAGCCAGACCGCACUGGCAGCCUGGAGCUACGAGGCUUUAAAAAUAAGCUUUAUGUGGCUGUGGUUGGGGACAAAGUACAACUCUACAAGAACCUGGAGGAGUUCCAUCUGGGCAUCGGCAUCACCUUCAUCGACAUGAACGUGGGCAACGUGAAGGAAGUAGACCGGCGCAGCUUUGACCUCACUACCCCCUACCGCAUCUUCAGCUUCUCGGCUGAUUCAGAGGUGGAGAAGGAGCAGUGGCUGGAGGCCAUGCAGGGAGCCAUUGCAGAGGCCCUGUCCACCUCAGAGGUGGCCGAGCGCAUCUGGGCUGCCGCCCCCAACAGGUUCUGUGCUGACUGUGGAGCUCCCCAGCCUGACUGGGCCUCCAUCAAUCUCUGUGUUGUCAUCUGCAAGCGCUGUGCAGGAGAGCACCGCGGUCUGGGUGCUGGCGUGUCUAAGGUGCGGAGCCUGAAGAUGGACAGGAAGGUGUGGACAGAAACUCUCAUCCAGCUCUUCAUUCAGCUGGGCAAUGGCCCUGGGAACCGCUUCUGGGCCGCCAACGUGCCCCCUAGUGAGGCCCUGAAGCCCAGCAGCGGCCCUGCUGCCAGGAGGUACCACCUGGAGGCCAAGUACAGAGAGGGCAAGUACCGUCGCUACCACCCACUCUUCGGCAACCAGGAGGAGCUGGACAAGGCCCUGUGUGCUGCAGUUACUACCACUGACCUGGCUGAGACCCAGGCACUCCUGGGCUGUGGGGCUGGGGUCAGCUGCUUCUCAGGGGACCCAGCAGCUCCCACACCCCUGGCUCUUGCUGAGCAGGCUGGACAGACACUGCAGAUGGAGUUUCUACGGAAUAACCAGAGCACAGAGGUCCCUCGGCUGGACUCAGUGAAGCCCUUGGAAAAGCACUACUCCGUGAUCCUGCCAACUGUGAGCCACAGUGGCUUCCUGUACAAAACUGCUUCUGCUGGCAAGCCUCUACAGGACCGCCGUGCCCGGGAAGAGUUCAGCCGGCGCUGGUGUGUCCUUAGUGACGGGGUCCUGAGUUACUACGAGAACGAACGGGCAGUGACACCCAAUGGGGAGAUCCGGGCCGGUGAGAUUGUGUGCCUGGCAGUUUCCCCUCUGGACACCCACGGCUUCGAGCACACCUUUGAGGUGUACACAGAGGGAGAACGGCUGUACCUGUUUGGACUGGAGAAUGCAGAGCUGGCUCAUGAAUGGGUCAAGUGCAUUGCCAAGGCAUUCGUGCCUCCCCUGGCUGAGGACCUGCUAGCCCGGGACUUUGAGCGGCUUGGGCGCCUACCCUACAAAGCUGGCCUGAGCCUCCAGCAGGCUCAGGAAGGCUGGUUCGCUUUGGCUGGCUCUGAACUCCGGGCUGUCUUCCCUGAGGGGCCCUGGGAAGAGCCACUGCAGCUCCGGAGAUUGCAGGAGCUUUCUAUCCAAGGAGACAGCGAGAACCAAGUUUUGGUGCUGGUGGAGCGGAGGAGGACACUGUACAUCCAGGGUGUGCGGCGGCUGGACUUCAUGGGUUGGCUUGGGGCCAUCCAGAAAGCAGCAGCCAGCUUGGGAGACACACUGUCAGAGCAACAGCUUGGGGACUCAGACAUCCCAGUGAUCGUGUACCGCUGUGUGGACUACAUCACACAGUGUGGCUUGACCUCAGAGGGUAUCUAUCGCAAGUGUGGUCAGACCUCCAAGACCCAGAGACUCCUGGAGAGCCUGAGGCAGGACGCUCGCUCUGUGCACCUCAAAGAGGGCGAGCAGCACGUGGAUGACGUCUCCUCUGCACUCAAACGCUUCCUGAGGGACCUGCCCGAUGGGCUCUUCACUCGUGCGCAGCGCCUGGCCUGGCUGGAGGCCUCUGAGAUCGAGGAUGAGGAGGAAAAGAUCUCCAGGUACCGAGAGCUCUUGGUGCAUCUACCUCCUGUCAACCGGGCGACUGUGAAGGCCCUGGUCAGCCAUCUGUACUGUGUACAGUGCUUCUCAGAUACAAACCAAAUGAACACACACAACCUGGCCAUUGUAUUUGGGCCCACGCUCUUCCAGACAGACGGGCAAGACUACAAGGCCGGCAAGGUGGUGGAAGACCUCAUCAACCACUAUGUGGUGGUGUUCAGUGUGGACGAGGAGGAGCUGAGGAAGCAGAGGGAGGAAGUCACUGCCAUUGUGAAGAUGCGAGUAGCAGGCACUGCCAGUGGGACCCAGCAUGCGGGUGACUUCAUCUGUACUGUGUACCUGGAGGAGAAGAAGGAGGAGACUGAACAGCACGUCAAGAUCCCAGCAUCCAUGACAGCAGAGGAGCUUGUCCUGGAGAUCCUAGACCGGCGCAGCGUGAGCAUCAGGGAAAAGGACUACUGGACCUGCUUCGAGGUCAACGAGAAGGAGGAGGCAGAGCGCCCGUUACACUUUGCGGAGAAGGUGCUGCCCAUUGUGCAUGGGCUGGGCAUCGACAGCCACCUGGUGGUGAAGAAGUACCAGUCCAUGGAGGCCAUGCUGUUGUAUCUGGCCAGCCGUGUGGGGGACACCAAGCACGGCAUGAUGAAGUUCCGGGAAGACCGAAGCCUCCUGGGUCUGGGGCUGCCCUCGGGUGGCUUCCACGAUCGCUACUUCAUUCUCAACAGCAGCUGCCUGCGACUCUAUAAGGAGGUUCGGAGUCACCGGCCUGAGAGGGAGUGGCCAGUCAAGAGCCUCAGAGUCUACCUGGGUGUAAAGAAGAAACUGCGGCCACCUACCUGCUGGGGCUUCACAGUGGUGCAUGAGACGGAGAAGCACGAGAAGCAGCAGUGGUACCUCUGCUGUGACACGCAGAUGGAGCUCCGGGAGUGGUUUGCCACCUUCCUCUCUGUACAGCACGAAGGCCUAGUAUGGCCCUCAGAGCCUUCUAGAGUGUCCCGGGCAGUGCCCGAGGUCCGGAUGGGCAGCGUGUCACUGAUCCCUCUGCGCGGCAGUGAAAAUGAGAUGCGCCGGAGUGUGGCGGCCUUCACCGCUGACCCCCUCUCUGUAAGUGCCUCUGGGCCCUGUGGGGCGGGAGUGGGGGGAGGAGGGCACCGGAGUGUGGCGGCCUUCACCGCUGACCCCCUCUCUCUCCUCCGUCCUGUCUGAGCUCUGGAACACCAGCACUGCCUCCUGGAAGCCUUCCUGUUGAGACACCUUCGUGCUCUGCAUGCAUGGGGAAGCCACACCUACAUCCCAGCAUCCUGACUGCAGCACAGGCUCCUUGGCUGGGCAACACGGGGCUGGCAAUGAGAUUUUCCUGGGAGGAAGGGCCCUCCCCUGCUCUCCAGUCAUGCAAUGCUCCUGGCCUGGCUUGCUUACCCAGGGUCACUCUCCUUGAGUUUGCGGGGUUGGAGAGAUGGGCGGAAAUCAGGAGUGCUGCCAGAGGGGCUGGAGGCUUGGGGUCCCGCAGGGAGGGACCUCACCUGGGAGGGAGCCUGUCCCCUUCCCAUAGGCUGCUACUCUGAAGGAACUCCUAGGAGUCCGGGAGGGAGCUCUUGGGAAGCUUUACAGGCUGAAAGCUGGACUUGGGAAUGUCAGCCCACUUCUGGUAUAUGCUGCGGGGAGGCCCGGGCUGUGGCUGUCUGCUACCCCUCCCCGACUUCGGAUACUUUUUGAUAAUAUAAAUAUAUCUGUAUAUUUUA